AUGUCGUCAAAACCAUUUGGAUAUGUUUACGAUGAGAGAAUGCUUGGACAUGAAUGCAAAUACGACAGUACUAUGGCAGAAUGCCCUAAGAGGAUGAAGCUGAUUUAUGAGAGACUGCAGAAGGAUAAGCUGCUUGAUGGAGCUGUGAAGAUCGAUGCUCGGGAAGCCAAUGACUCUGAAAUCCGCCUUAACCACCCCCAACAACUCAUCGAUGAAAUCGUUAGCUUGAACUCCACUGAAAAAUGCGAGGAAUACUGCAAAGACAAAGAAAUCCUUUGGACUUGCGAGAAUACAAAUGAAGCCGCCCGUGUUGCGAUCGGUGGAUCCAUCGAGCUUGUGAAGGCUGCCAUGGAGGGAAAGAUCCAUAAUGGAUUCGCAAUGGUUCGUCCGCCAGGCCACCAUUCCUAUGGAAAAGUUGCACAGGGUUACUGUAUUUUUAAUAAUGUAGCGAUUGCCGCUAAAUACGCAAUCGAGAAGCUAGAAGUGAAGAAAGUUGCAAUUGUGGACUUUGACUAUCACGCUGGAAACGGUACUUAUCAAUCGGUAAAGGAUGAGUCCAGAAUUCAUUUGACCUCCUUCCAUGGCCAUCAUUUUGGAGCAUUCUGGCCAUUUAGCAGGGAUUAUGAUUAUGCAACUAAUAGUCAAAACACCUUAUUCGUGCCGCUAAACGGGACAAUGAACUCUGAAGGUGACUACGUUUCCGUAUUCCAUCACGUGCUGCUCCCCAUGUUGGAGCAGUUCCAGCCAGAAUUGAUUCUCAUCUCAGCAGGGUUUGACUCUGGAUAUUACGAUGUUAUGAUGGAGUUUGGACAAGGAGUCAAGGCUCACGGAUAUGGUCAUAUGGCUCGUCUCCUCAGCCAAAUUUGCCCUGGAAAGAUCCUCGCUAUAUUAGAAGGUGGCUAUCAUCCCUACAACUACACCGAGAGCGCUUCUAUGAUGGUCCGAGGACUUCUCAAUCUUCCUCUCCCGCGCCUCGACAUCCCUGAAAGAAUCUCCGGAGCUCUCCUAGAAACUACCUGGAACAUUCUGAAUCAUCACUCGGAAUGGUACCCGAAGCUUGGAGAACGACUGAAACUCCUGGAGCACCAGCAGAAAGAGCUUGGACUACCACAAUUCGCAUUUGAUCAGACAAUGUUUUUGGGUGAGAAGAUGAGAAAGAUGUAUGAUGAUAUGAAGAAGCAUAGGAUUGUCAGAACUAGAGAAUGGUUUCCAGAAAUGUCAGAUGAUCAGGUGGCAGUUUGUAAGCAGAAGAUAGAUGAAUAUAUCCAAGAAUACGAAUUCACUUCCGAGCAUCCUACUCCAAGUGAAUCACAGCUAGUUGCUCAGUGUGUCUGGGAUGAAGCUGCGAGGUCUGACGCCUUCCUCCAAGCAAUCCCAUUUGCCACGGCUUUGGUCCAAGAAUUCAAUGCUUUUGUGGAAGGGAAGAGGGAGAAUAUGAUGAUUUGCGAUCGUGAACUUUACACGGAAGCUGUUAAAAGCGGAGUCUUGGAAGCUCACACACCGAUCACUACAACUCGCCCUGAAUAAUUUUUGAUGGGUUAUCAUGUGCUUUGUGAUCCAAAUAAAUGUAUUGCAAAUUC